UAUAUAUUAAGUGCUUCCUCGUGUUUCUAAUGCUUCGGUACAAGACUCCUCGUGGUUAUGGUACAAGAGGUUCAGCCAUGUGAAAUUCGAGAGCUAUGAGUUUCUAUACAAACUAAAAAUAGUGCUUCGAAAAAAUUAUUUUUUUUGUUACGAACCUGUGAAUCGGGUUGAAUUCACGUGUGAUUCUCGUGCUCUUGAUCAACCUGCAAAAGGGGGAGAUCGGGAUAGUGGCCCGAUUUCUCUAUCCGAUGCUCAAGUCAAUCAGGAUUCUUACGAGAGCAAAAAGUACCUAAUCCCUUAAUCCCCCUCCCCCUCUCACUCUAACAGCCUCAACUCCUUCCUCUCUCAUCCUUUCAGCCACUGCCUUGGCAGGCAACAAAGCCCAGAAGUCUUCCGAUGCUACUCCUCCUCCAACCAAUACUGUUGCCACAUGCUCAUCUCGAGGUGGAGGCAAAAACUGAACUUCCCACCUCGAUCCCUCCAUCUGCUCUGGUCCCAGCUUCUGCCUCGGCCCUCUCUAAACACCCACGCGAUGAGGGCGAAGCUUCUAGAGCUCCAGUGAGGAAGAAGAAGAGCAGUGGAGCCCAACUGAUUGGGUUCUGCUACCUACCCAGGGACCGCUCCAGUUGUGAGGACGUCUCGCGUUUCUCCAAAGAAGAACUCGUGGACAUCUACCUCCACGAAGAGCUUCGCAACCUCCAGCAACAGUACGAUGCGUACGAAGGGUGGCUGCUGGCAAGGAAGGAAGCAAGAGAGUCCUUCUCCUAACUAAAAGAAGCUGCAGAGCGAAAGGACCAUUAUAAGAAGAAGUACAAGGAGGUGGAAGCAAAGGCCAAAGCGCAAGAUGAGGAAACUCAAAAACUGAAGGAGAGCCUAGACACUCUCCAAAACCAGGUCAUACAAUUGAAAUAGGACCUGGAUGUGGAGAGAAAAGAUAAAGAGAAGAAUAUGAGUCUACACUUGCACUUUGUCAAGGCCUCUCAAGAACAGCGCCAAGCUCAAGCUCUGCAAGCCCUCAAAGAAAUGAACAAGCAGUCCGCGAGGCAAGGCUCCAAGCGGUGGCAGAAUUCAAGGAUGGUCCAGAACUCCCGAACAUAGUCGAGAGAGGAAUAGUUGGGCCCUCCUCGAGUUCACGAAGGGCGUGAGGGGGGUGGUGAGGGAGAAGAAUCCAAAGGUCAAGCUCCGCCAGUACGAGACCUUUGAGUUUCUGUACGUUCACCUGGCAAGUGUCAAUGAACUUGCCUUCCCACCUUACCAGUUAGUUGCCCCCAAGCAAAGGCUGAGGACCCAGCUCCGAACACUUCUAAGGUUUCGAUCAUCCACCUGCAUCAACUGACGCUCCAACGGACCCCUCAACAACACCAGACACAGCCUCCAUAGACUUUACCACCCCUUCCCCUCCGAUUGAGGGAGAAAAUGUGAUUUCUGCCUCCCCCAGCAAAGGGGAAGCCCAAGGGUAAAUUGUGGUUUACCCUUUCUUUUCUGCUUCCACACUUAGCUCAAAUGCAUGAUCUAACAAGUCCGAAAAA